AAACAAAAAGAAAAAGAAUAGAGUAGUGGAAGUAAUAACACGUCAAACAAAGUUUUCAACUCAUCGAGAAAUUAAGAAAAGCAAAAAAAAAAAAAAAAUGGCUGAAGAAUUUGAGAACAAAGCUAAAGAAGCGUUUUUCGACGACGACUUUUCUGUCGCCGUUGAUCUCUACUCUCUGGCCAUCGAUUUGGAUCCUAAUAACCCUAAUCUCUUCGCUGAUAGAGCACAAUCUUAUAUCAAACUCAACUCUUUCACUGAAGCUGUUUCUGAUGCUAAUAAGGCUAUUUUGUUAAACCCUACUUUAGCUAAAGCUUAUCUUAGAAAAGGGACUGCUUGUUUUAAUCUUGAAGAAUAUCAUACUGCUAAGGUUGCACUUGAAAAGGGUGCUUCUUUUGCUCCUAAUGAUUCCAGAUUUACUAAUUUGAUUCAACAAUGUCAACGCUACAUUGAUGCUGAGGAAUCAGAUAGUCUUGCUGGCAACCUACCACCAAAUGGAACCAAAACAUCUGUACCGCCUGUUGCUGCUGAUAUCCAUAUGUCUGAUAAAAGUGAUGGAACAUCCAAAGAAGCUCAAAGAGACGUUCCUGCAUCCCAAACUAAUGAAGCUGUGCCAAACAGACCAAAAUACAGACAUGAAUAUUACCAGAAGCCAGAUGAAGUGGUUGUGACAAUAUUUGCAAAAGGAAUACCAGCAGAAAAUGUGGCUGUGGAGUUUGGCGAACAAAUUCUGAGUGUUACCAUCAAUGUUCCUGGUCAAGAUGCUUAUCAAUAUCAACCUCGAUUGUUUGGAAAGAUAAUACCUGCUAAGUGCAAAGUUGUGGUGUUGUCGACCAAAAUUGAAAUACGUCUGGCAAAAGCUGAAGCUAUUAAUUGGACAUCUCUGGAAUAUAGCAAGGAUGUGGUUCCUCAAAAGAUAAACGUGCCUGCAAUUCAAUCUGAAAGGCCUGCAUAUCCAUCAUCAAAGUCGAGGACUAAGGAUUGGGAUAAGUUGGAAGCUGAAGUGAAAAAAGAGGAGAAAGAAGAAAAGCUUGAUGGUGAUGCUGCUUUGAAUAAAUUGUUCCGUGAUAUUUACCAAAGUGCAGAUGAGGACAUGAGGAGAGCGAUGAGCAAGUCUUUUCAAGAGUCAAAUGGAACAGUGCUAUCAACUGAUUGGAAAGAAGUGGGAUCAAAGAAGGUGGAAGGAAGUCCUCCAGAAGGCAUGGAGGUGAAGAAAUGGGAAUAUUGAUUCGGUGCUCAAAUACUCGGUCAUAUAAGCUAAUAUGCUUUUGAGAGUUAAAAUUGAUUUAGCUUUUGUUUUUUGCAUAGCCAUUUGUCUGAAAUCUCUCGUCUUUAGUUUCUAUUUGUUUUUUGUAUGAUAAGUUGUUUUCUUGGGUGAAUUGACUAAUUUGCACUUGCUGGAUUUUAUUUUCUUGGUGUAUCCUGAUUCUAGAUAUCAGUUAACUUCUGAUGAUACCCAGAAUUUUAGUUUUUAUUUUUUGGAAUGUUAUUUGUGAAAUACUUUGGUAACAAAGGGAUGAAAGCAAUCUGAACAUAUUGUUACCCUA